AUGUACGAGCGCAAAGCUCGCUUUGCUGCUCUCGCCGACGCCAUCCUUGCUGCCGACCCGGACUUUGUCUGCAUCCAGGAAGCCACCCUCUGGUUCAAGGCCCAGUGGCUCGCUCAUCCGGAGCUCUCCGCGCGCUACCUCGGCUCGUGGCCGCCAAACGAUCACUUUGCCUGGUACUUUACUGUCACCUUUGUCCGUCUCGCGGUGCCCGAGCUCGACGGGCCGGGCGUCGACCUCCCCGUCGACGUAGUCCGCAUGGCUUACCCGCCUGCCGAUACUGAGCAGGGCCGCGAUCUGCUCUAUGUCCGCCUCGGCCCGCCCGAUGGCCACGGCCUGGUUGUCGGCAACGUCCACAUGGAGUCUGCCGUCAAUGCCGGCUCGGAUCACAAGCGGCUCUUACAGGGCCGUGCCCUCAUCGACCGCCUCUCCACCUUUGUCGCCGCUGGCGACGACGUGUGGCUCAUGGGCGACACCAACGAGUGCGCCGAGCUCGACCCGGCCGACUCGGCCCUUAAUGCCGCCUUCCGCGACGUCUCACUCGACACGUGGUCGACGCUCCACUCCGGUGACCCGGGCUGGACCGAGGACACCGACAUCAACAUCAUGCGCGCCCUCUUUCGGCCCACUGCCAAGCACGCACGCCUCGAUCGCAUCCUCCUAUUCCAGCCCUCGCGCUUCGCGCCAGCCUCCAUUGACCGGCUUGGCACCAUCCCCUUUGCCCACCAUGCCUCCACCAACCACCCCAUCUUCAUCUCUGACCACUUUGGCCUCCAUGCCACAUACUCGGCCUCCGCCGCACCCUCGUAA